GCCGGGAGCCGCGCUCCGCACCGGGGAUGGGGUGGGACGCGCGGGUGGCCGGGCUGUUCUGCAGGAACCUGCAGCCCACCCUCACCUACUGGAGCGUCUUCUUCAGCUUCGGCCUCUGCAUCGCCUUCCUGGGGCCCACCCUGCUGGACCUGCGCUGCCAGACCCAGAGCUCGCUCUCGCACAUCACCUGGGUCUUCUUCUCGCAGCAGUUCUGCCUCCUGCUCGGCAGCUGCCUCGGCGGAGCCUUCAAGCGAACGUUGGCUCAGUCCCUAGUGGCUCUCUUUGUGUCGUCCCUCGCUAUCUCCGUGGUCUUCGCCUUCAUCCCCCUCUGCCACAAUGUGGUGGUGCUGGCGGUGGUCAUGGCCGUGGCCGGGCUGGCCAUGGGAUGCAUCGACACCAUCUCCAACAUGCAGCUGGUGAAGAUCUACCAGAAGGACUCGGCUGUCUUCCUGCAGGUCCUUCACUUCUUUGUGGGGUUUGGGGCCCUGCUCAGCCCGCUGAUCGCUGACCCUUUCCUCUCGGACUCCAACUGCAUCCAGUCAAAUGCCACGCUCAACGCCACCAGCAACCUCCCUCAUCUCCGCAAGUCGCUGGUCCCCCACCACCCUGGCAACCUGUCGCAAUACGAGCUGCCAAUGAAAGGGAUGGUGACGACGCGUGUGUCCUACGCCUUCUGGAUCAUGGCCCUGAUCAACCUCCCGGUCCCCAUCGCCGUGUUCUUCCUGCUCUACAAGGAAAGGCUGGUGCCCUGCUUCACCCACGGGCGCCGCCCGCUGCUUUCCGCAGAUGAACUGGCGAUGGAAACACAGCCGGCGGACAAGGAUAAUCGUCCCGACACGUUGCAGUCGGCCCAGCCAGACGGAGGCCAUGACGACCUGUUUAGCUGCUGCCAAAGCAAAAACUUCAGAGGCGCGUCAUACUCCUACUUCGCAGUGCACGUGGCCGGGGCGCUGGUCCUCUUCAUGAGCGACGGGAUCAUUGGUGAGUACUCUGGCUUUGUCUACAGCUACGCCGUGGAGGAACCUCUUUCUGUGGGUCAUAAGGUGGCUGGCUACCUGCCAAGCCUGUUCUGGGGGUUCAUCACACUGGGCCGGCUCAUCUCCAUCCCUGUGUCCUACCGCAUGAAUCCUGCAACCAUGGUGUCCAUCAAUGUGGUUGGAGUGCUCCUAACGUUCCUCCUGCUCCUGAUGUUCUCCUACAGCGUGGUCUUCCUGUUUGUGGGCACAGCCUGCCUAGGUCUGUUCCUCAGUAGCACCUUCCCCAGCAUGCUGGCUUACACUGAAGACAUCCUCCAGUACAAAGGCUGUGCCACAACAGUGUUAGUGACUGGAGCUGGAAUCGGAGAGAUGGUGCUACAGUUACUGGUGGGGUCGAUUAUCCACGAUCAGGGCAGCUACAAUUUCCUGGUUUGUGGGACGAUCUUUGGAGGUUUGGCCUUCACAUUCUACGCUUUCCUCUUGUUUUUCCACAGGAUGUACCCCAAGCCCUCGUCAGAGGUGGAUGCCUCCUCACCUGACAAGCCAGCAAUGACGGGCGACUCUGGACUUUAUCAGGGCUAGAAAGGCCUAGCCCUGGACAAGGAGUUGUAUGUAUUUACAAUAAACACAAAUCAUCAAGUGUUCCUAGUAAGGAUGAUUUCACACUAAUUAUGUGGCUAAAAUACUGGAGUUUUUUGCAAUCAAAAGUGUUAAAUUUGAGUAAGUCAGAACCAAACAUCCUAAGUCACCUUGGGAGGCCAAGUACGUGAGCAGAAGUUGCUUGUGUCUGUUAUUUCAUUAAGAAGAAUCUCAAACAAUGCAGAAUCCUGUAUCCUGGACAUCUGCAAUUUAUGGCAGCUUGGUGGGGAAAAAUUCCUCUUGUAAGCAGCUUCCCUUCAGAGGAUUGGCUGGAAGCUGCAAGUCUAUUACCACGCCAUGUGCCAUAUUUUAGGUAUUGCCUGGUUUAGAGUUACUAUAAUCCAUACGUUUUUCUGUGGGUAUGUGAGCACAGGACCCAUUUGUAGCCACGGUCCUGACAACCUACAGCACCAAUUCUAGCUUUUAAUUAAUACAGAGCAACCCUCUGCAUAAUGCUGUGCUGCAAGAGAGGUUCAGAAUUAGUUUUCCAGCAGCUGUAGGUAUAGCCAAGUUUCAAAUGUGUUCCCAAAGGGGAAAUCACAAUAUUUGCGGAGACUACCAGGUGCACAUUGAUAACAAGCUCCAUCUAUAGUACACAGCAUCAGAGAUGCUCAUUGCAGCACAGCCAUAAAUCAAUGGAUUACAGCAUAGGAAGUAUUUCAAAUUAGAGGACACAAAGGAAAGAAUGAGUUUUCCUGGUUUAUGUUUGCCUAAGUCACUGGUAAGCUGCAAAAGUGUCCGUUUCAAGUAGCAGUAUUCUAGGGAAGUUUGCGGUCUAGCUUCUAUCCGAAACCUUAAGCAGGUGCAUCCAAGCACCGCCUCCACCCGUUUAAUCUGUGCAAUACCACCUACAAGAGGUGCCUUACAUGAGAUGAACUCUAGAGGUACUGAAUACCCCAAGAAAGAUCCGUUACAAUCCUAGCAAAUGCAAUGAUGCUAGCUUUCUGGAGAUACCUUGGGAAAGUCUGAAGAGAUGUAGGUUUUAGUGCAAUUGUAUGCGGAUGUACAUAUGUAUGUGUGUAUAUAAAGCAAUGUUAAUUAAAAGUGAUUAUGAUAUUCUCAUUAGGCUCUGAGUGUAACUGUUGCAGGACUGGAAUAAUUUAAACCAAACCCCUCCUGGCCAGACAUUUCCAAGACUGAGAUUAGCACUGGCUC